GCUGAGGGGAGAGAAGAGCUAGCGACGAGCAGUCGCCGCCGCCGCGGGCUCUGCGGGAGGCGGAGGAGGCCCCGCCGGAGCCGAGAGAUUUCUCCUCCCCGCCGACGGCCCCCGCCCGCAGCUCCUCCGCCUCCUCCCGCUCCCGGAACUCCGGGGCCUGCCCCGGGCCCCCAGUCUUUGCACUCCGCACGCCGCAGCGCCGGGCCGCGGCCGCACCCGCCGGCCCCAUGAGGAGGGACGUGAACGGAGUGACCAAGAGCAGGUUUGAGGAAACUGGGGAUUUUUUUCUCCAAGAAAAUGGAAGCUGAGGGUUCUGGAUCCAGGAACAUCAGAUGCAUGAAGAGGAUAGGGGUUUGGAGCCAAGGAAUUAAAUGAAAAUCUGCAUACAGACUGAUGUUCUCAAAUAGUGAUGAAGCUGUAAUCAAUAAAAAACUUCCCAAAGAACUCCUAUUACGGAUAUUUUCUUUUCUGGAUGUUGUUACUUUGUGUCGCUGUGCUCAGGUCUCCAGGGCCUGGAAUGUUCUGGCUCUGGAUGGCAGUAACUGGCAGCGAAUUGACCUGUUUGAUUUCCAGAGGGAUAUUGAGGGCCGGGUAGUGGAGAAUAUUUCAAAAAGAUGUGGGGGCUUUUUACGAAAGUUAAGUCUUCGUGGGUGUCUUGGAGUAGGAGACAAUGCAUUAAGGACUUUUGCGCAAAAUUGUAGGAACAUUGAAGUACUGAAUCUAAAUGGUUGUACAAAGACUACAGAUGCUACAUGUACUAGCCUUAGCAAGUUCUGUUCCAAACUCAGGCACCUUGACUUGGCUUCCUGUACAUCAAUAACAAACAUGUCUCUUAAAGCUCUGAGUGAGGGAUGUCCACUGUUGGAGCAAUUAAACAUUUCCUGGUGUGACCAAGUAACCAAGGAUGGCAUCCAAGCACUAGUGAGAGGCUGUGGGGGUCUGAAGGCUUUAUUCUUAAAAGGCUGCACACAGCUAGAAGAUGAAGCUCUCAAGUACAUAGGUGCACACUGUCCUGAACUGGUGACUUUGAACUUGCAGACUUGCUUACAAAUCACAGAUGAAGGUCUCAUUACUAUAUGCAGAGGGUGCCAUAAGUUACAGUCCCUCUGUGCCUCCGGCUGCUCCAACAUCACAGAUGCCAUCCUGAAUGCUCUAGGUCAGAACUGUCCACGGCUUAGAAUAUUAGAAGUGGCAAGGUGUUCUCAAUUAACAGAUGUAGGCUUUACCACUCUGGCCAGGAAUUGCCAUGAGCUUGAAAAGAUGGACCUGGAAGAGUGUGUUCAGAUAACAGAUAGCACAUUAAUCCAACUUUCUAUACACUGUCCUCGACUUCAAGUAUUGAGUCUGUCUCACUGUGAGCUGAUCACAGACGAUGGAAUUCGUCACCUGGGGAAUGGGGCCUGCGCCCAUGACCAGCUGGAGGUGAUUGAACUGGACAACUGCCCACUAAUCACAGAUGCUUCCCUCGAGCACUUGAAGAGUUGUCACAGCCUUGAGCGGAUAGAACUCUAUGACUGCCAGCAAAUCACACGGGCUGGGAUCAAGAGACUCAGGACCCAUUUGCCCAAUAUUAAAGUCCACGCCUACUUCGCACCUGUCACUCCACCCCCAUCAGUAGGGGGCAGCAGACAGCGAUUCUGCAGAUGCUGCAUCAUCCUAUGACAAUGGAGGUGGUCAACCUUGGUGAACUGAGUAUUUAAUGACACUUCUAGAGUUACAAUGGAGUCUCCAGUGGAAGCAACCCCAGUGUUCUGGGCAAGGGUUAUCAAGUGAGGGCAGCGUCCAGAUCCCCAGAGCCACACAUAACAUGCAUACCCACCCUCACCUCCACCCAUUCAAGUUCUGUGACCAGGGGACUGAAGCCCAUGCUGGCUUUAUCACGUGGUUUGGUAAAACUUAACCAUUCCCAGUGGACAUGCCAAGAAGAAAAUAGUAGGCAAGGUGGAGGGAAGGGGGCAUUCCAGCAAACCCAGCGUUACUGCUCCUGCAGUUUCUUCAUUUUGUGAAGGGGUUUCUAUGGUGGUUUUGGAACAGCAGCUGCAGUCCUCCAGGGUCAAGGAAAGCAUAGAAAAACAAUAUCUGUUGUAUCCAGGGACCAGAAAGAAAAUUUCUUUGCAUCCUCUAAAUGGUAGCCGUCCAUCAGGAGAUGACUACAGAGCUUCUGUGCUUCCUUGUCCCUAAGCCAACAUGCCGAGCAUGCUCACCAAGAAGGCUCAUCCAUUCCUCCUCCUAUGUUCUCAGUAUUUGGCCCAGAGGUUUCCCAAGUGGUUGCCCCGAAAUCGCUGUGGUCCAAAUGUGAUGACUUACUCAAAUUGUCACUGUCUGUAGCACACUUUGCACACCUGUCUUCCAUUCUUUGUCGCUCCCUCCUGCAUUCUGGCUCCAUCUGUUCACCUGUUCAUUGUCUGCUUACUCACACUCAGUUGUUACUCUUUUGCCGUUGUUGUGUUUACAGUAUGCAUUUGGGAUGAUUAGUUGGGGUUACCAAACAUUUUUAAAAGAGACAUUAUCAAUAAAUAUUUUUUUAAUUCUAAAUUUUA